AUGGUCAGAUAUGCUUCAGAGCCAAGUAAUCCAGCUAAAUCAGCUAAAGCUCGUGGAGAACAUCUUCCUGUACAUUUUAAAAAUACACGAGAAGUUGCACAAGCAAUUAAAGGUCUUAGUUUAACAAGGGCAUUUCAAUAUUUAGAAAAUGUUAAAGAACAUAAGGAAGCAGUUCCUUUUAGGAGAUUUCACCGUGGUCUUGGACGUACUGCUCAAGGAAAACCUUUUAGAGUUACUUUAGCCCGAUGGCCAGAAAAAUCGGUUAGAUUUAUAGUUGAUUUGCUUAAUAAUGCAAAGAGUAAUGCGGAUUUUAAAGGACUUGAUAUAGAAAAUUUAUAUAUUACACAUAUUCAAGUAAAUAGAGCACCAAGACAACGUCAGCGGACAUAUCGUGCUCACGGUCGAAUUAAUCCUUAUAUGAAUAGUCCCUGUCAUAUUGAAAUUAUUGUUUCUGAAGAAACCGAGACAAUAAAAAAAGCAGACGAUUCUAAAGCUAUUCAGCGCAAUAGAUAA